GUCCUCAACAUUUGGGCUAGUGCUCCUCUUCAGUGGUUCUCUUGGUAUAGUUUCCUUUGGGGGAGCGUGAACAAGUUCAGGAGGAUUCCGAGGAGCACAGAUGCGUUCCAAUGUUACGAAUAAUGCUGUAAGUCUCUUUUAUUUGCCAAAGACACUUCUUACUCACAGUUUAGUCUCCUAAACAGCAGAAUCAGUGUCGCCAGUUUGGGAAUAAUGAGGGAAUUAGGUGCGCGGGUCCGAUUUCAGAUGGGGACAGUGGGAGGCAGCGGAAGGACCGCGUGAACUCGCUGCAGGCCUGGUCCACGCAGGCGCGGCCCCUCGGAGGCAGUCCAGCAGCCCUGACAGGUGAGCUCUGCCCACAGCUGCAGACCCGAGCCCCCGGACUGCGGCCGGAGAGCGCCACAUUGCGCCUGCGCACAAAGCCUCCGGCCACGGCAAGACAGUAACCCGGUAACUAGGUCUGGGUUGGACGGAGGCGGCUUCACAAGCUUGCGCAGGCGCGUCCCGCGUUCGGACACUGGUCGGUGCGCCGGCGCCCAUCCUACUCGUUCCUCACAUCCUGUAAACAGAGCGGCCCGCCGAGACAACUUCUGCUUCCGGGUCACGUCUUGACAGCGGCUUUCACCACCCAGGUCAGCCCCGCGGUUCGUUUGGAGCAUGUGAACGUACUCUGAGCCUUGAUGAGUUCCAGUAUGUGGUAUAUUAUGCAGAGCAUUCAGAGCAAAUACUCUCUCUCAGAGCGCUUAAUCCGAACAAUCGCUGCCAUUCGCUCCUUCCCACAUGACAAUGUAGAGGACCUCAUCAGAGGGGGAGCAGAUGUGAACUGCACCCACGGCACACUGAAGCCCCUGCACUGCGCCUGCAUGGUGUCAGAUGCUGACUGCGUGGAGUUACUCCUGGAGAAGGGAGCUGAGGUGAAUGCCCUGGAUGGUUAUAACCGGACAGCCCUCCACUAUGCAGCCGAGAAGGAUGAGGCUUGUGUGGAGGUCCUGUUGGAAUACGGUGCAAACCCCAAUGCACUGGAUGGCAACCGAGACACCCCACUUCACUGGGCAGCCUUUAAGAACAAUGCUGAGUGUGUGCGGGCCCUUCUGGAGAGCGGCGCCUCAGUCAAUGCCCUGGAUUACAACAAUGAUACCCCACUCAGCUGGGCUGCCAUGAAGGGAAAUCUUGAGAGUGUCAGCAUCCUUCUUGAUUAUGGUGCAGAAGUCAGAGUCAUCAACCUAAAAGGCCAGACACCCAUCUCCCGCCUGGUGGCUCUACUAGUCAGGGGACUUGGAACGGAGAAAGAGGACUCUUGCUUUGAGCUCCUCCACAGGGCUGUCGGACACUUUGAAUUAAGGAAAAAUGGCACCAUGCCACGAGAAGUGGCCAAAGACCAGCAGCUGUGUGAAAAACUGACUGUUCUGUGCUCAGCCCCAGGGACUCUAAAAACACUCUCUCGCUAUGCAGUGCGCCGGAGCCUGGGACUCCAGUAUCUGCCGGAUGCAGUGAAGGGCCUGCCACUGCCAGCUUCUCUGAAGGAAUACCUGUUACUUGUAGAAUAGCCUGGAGGAGACGUUUGCACCAUCACAUGGGCAACUCUGGGUGAGGUUUUGCCCUGCGAAACUGUCUCUCUUGGAAAACAAGAAAAGCAGCUGUUCCUGUUGUGUGGUUUAUAUUUCAAGGCAACAUGUCACAACAGUAACCUCCACAUCACUUCCCUUCCCCAAACCAAGCAACCAAACAAACAAAAAAAACUCUCUUCUGUUUCUGUUUAUUGCUUACUUGGCUUUUUAGAUUACACCCUCUAAAAGAAGAGGUCUCCCCAACCCUCCCCUUUAGGGAAAAAGUCAACAGUGCAACUGAAUUAUUCUAGGAAGACAAAGAAUACUUAUAGAAUGUGUGUUUGGUUUUCCUUUGGGGACAUGAUUAACAUUUCCAAAGACUCCUUCUAGGAACAUUUUAGUUGAUCUGCGAAGAAGUUUAAGAAAACUCCAGCUAACAACUGAGGCCCAAAGAUGAAGAGGCAACAAGCUCAAAUGUGUGCAGGUUCGGAAUUGGGCUGGAUGAUGUCCCUAGAAUGCCACAUCACGGGGCACUCAGAAGGGACUGGCCCCCUUCCUCACCACUGAAGGGAACAGCAGUCUUUGCCCCUUUUCCAUGAGUGUGCUCAAGGCCAUAGUAGUUCAGCAGGUUUAUUUUAGAAAGAUUGUCUUGCUGCUCUCCGUGAAGUAGAAGACAUAGAAGGUUCUAAGCAGUCCUAAAAACUAAAAGUCCUAAGAACUUUUCUUCUAGUGCAGUUCUUUCUCUUCCUGGAAGCCAGUUUGCUCUACUGGGCUUCGCAGGCAUUUCCUGCACCGCCGACGAAGGUGUUCACUCUCGCAGGGGAAGAAAGAGCUGGGCUGGGCUGCCUUUUCUCGUGGGUCUUCUUCAUUCCCUAGAGGAAGCUCACUCCCUAAGAGCUUGGAGGUUUUUUUUUUAGUUGUUUUGGAAACUUUGCUUUUUAUUGCUCUCUACAAGAUACUGGUGGAGGGGGUGGAGCUGGGGAGUAGGAGAGCACUAUAGCCCUUCCUCUGAGAUGGCCCACCUACCCAAAAAAGACCUGUUUUAGUGAACAGUACUUAGUCUACAAUCUCUUCCUUUUCACAUUGCUAAACUCAAUCAAGUUGUUAUUGAUCUUAGAUGACCUUACACAAAUUUGAAAAUCUUUUUUUAACUGAUUGGGAACUAUGAAUAAAAAUUAACAGAAUCGGCUGACACAGCUAAUUUGAAAAAGUAUGACGCUUUUGUCCUUUUCCUGUUGGCAUUUUUUGCUCACUAAAAAAAAAGAAAUAAACAGUUCUAAAAGCAA